GGCCGCGUUCAAGUUCCGCCCCUAUCCUCAGGCUAUUGUGGCUCAAGUCGCUGCUCCUUUCGCCAUACCAGCACACAGACUUACUUUAAUUAUAACAGAGGCAAAUCACUCCCCGAAAUGGCGGCUGCCGCGUCCAAUUCGAAGCCACUUGUGCUCGUCUUCUCUCUCUCGGCUAUGAAGAUGGCCGAAAUGGAUGUCCAUCUGUUAAAGCACCUGAGAGCUAGAAGCCAGGUCGAAGUCGUCACGUCUAGGGACACCGCGCUGCGGUGGUUGUCGAGGCCUCCACGCCCACAAGCAAUUCUGCUCGCCGAUGAAGUUGUCACCGAGCGGAAACAAGAGCAGCUGCUACUCAAGCUUGCAGAGUAUGCAAGAUCCGGAGGUACGAUCGUCUUUGGCUGUAGGUUCCCUACCUUCGUCAAGCCCAAGAACAUGGAGACGAUGUUCCAACGGACCCUGGGACUACCCUGGGCACGAGGCGAUUAUCAUCGCUCUACAUUCUCCCUCAACAGAAGAGUAGAGAACAUUAGCCUCGAACAUCUUGCACCAUCAUACAGCAUGAAAGCCUCGCACCUACGGAACGUCGCACCCACAGCGGCUGUAUACGUCCCUACGGACGAAUCAAGGAUCGAGUCGCUGGUCUUUGCGCCUGAUCCUGUUAGGAACCUGGAUCAGACUCCCGCGGCAUUUUCCAAGCUUGGACAAGGAUAUGUCGGCUACGUCGGAGACGUCAAUGCCGAAGAGGAGACGACUCAUCUACUCAUCGCCAUGUUGCUCGCGUCUUUGCGAGAAAUAAAGCCGACUGGCCAAUUGAAUUCGACACAGGGCUCACCGAACGUGCAACGACCUUCAGUGCUCAUCCUUUCCCUGCACAAGGACGCUGCUUUCGACGAACUAAACGUUGCCGUGUAUGCUGCUUUGCGAAGCAGAGCUAAUGUCACCGAGGCCUCGACGAAGCAACAGGCCCUGCGAGGUUUCACAUCGAGUCCGCUCCCGAACGCGGUCUUAGUCACAGAUGCCGGUAUCAUGGACGAAGAGAACAACCAAGUUCUUUCUAAAUUAGUCACGUACAGUCAACGGCGCGGUUUUACAAUCGUCUUCGCAUGUCAAUUCAGCAGCUUCGUGCGCUGGCCCGACCUCGACGCAUUAUUCCAGCGACUCGACCUCUCGUGGCGUUCGGGGUCGUACACCAAGAUGGACGUUACGGUGACGAAAUCCGUCGACAACAUUGACUUCGACGCACUCACGGAGACCUAUGAGUACCCUAAGGCCCUAUUUCUUCAGCACGUUCCAUGGGAGGAGUCCGUAUAUGUCCCCACUCUUCAAUACCGCAGCAAUGAGACACUGGCGGCUUUUGGCUCGACGUUGUGCGGAGGGUGUAUAGGAUACGCCGGGGAUGUCAACCCAUCGGAGCAUGUAACGAAGCUAGUCAUCGCCCUAUGCUUCCCCAAAAUCUCUCCAGCGAACACGGAGAACCAGUCGCCAGUCUCGCAAACAGCUGCUCCGACGCCUGCGCCACAGCCGCCACGGGAGGCGGCCAGGGAUCAGGGGCCUAAACCCGAGGUUCUGCUUAUCUCCUUCGACAAACUCUCCUUCUUCGACGGCAUCGAGCAACAACUGCUUUCGGCCCUCAACAAGAACGCGGUGGUCCAGGAGGUGCUCGAUGCGAAAGCUGCGCUGAAGCGCUUGUCAGCGAAACCGAGCCCCGCUGCGAUUAUCCUGACCCACCCUAGCGUGAUUCACAAUGACAAGGUCAUCCACCACCUCAUCGCGUAUGCCCGUGCAGGCGGUAAGGUGAUCGUUGGCUCCCAAUUCUCCAAUUACCUGCCACUCGACCAGUUGAAGCCGUUCUUCCAGAAGUGGGAGCUCCCUUGGGUGGCUGGCGUAUACCACCGCACGACAAUCGCGCUGACUCCGGACAGGGUACCUUCCCCGUUGCGUUCAAGCAAGCUGUUCCCCGCAUAUAGCGCGAAAGCCGUCCACCUGAAACAUGUCAAGAAGGAACACAGGGUAUACGCACCGACGACCACGUCGACCAUGGAGGAACAGUUUGGGCAACCUGGCGCGCCGAUCACUGGGUCACUUCUGGAGGAAACUGCCGCAGCCUGGGCUCCCAUCGGCAAAGGUUACGUGGGCUACAUCGGAGACAUAAACUCAGAAGAAGAGAGCACCAGACUUGUCCUCGAAAUGUGCGGUGUCACUGUCAAGCCUGGCGACCUCGGUCCCCGCAAGUGCGACGUGGGCACGUAUGUCGAGGCUGGAGAUCUCAAGCCCAUCACGGACACGUAUGGCGAGCGGUUGCUGCCUACGCGCCAGGAUUUGUCAAAGCCUCGUCCUCGAGAGAAGGAGGUGGCUGCUCGGUCGGUGGAGCGCGCGAAUAUGUCGCGGCGGAAACGUCUGACAGCCGAGGUGCUCAAGGAAGAGGGUAACAAACUGUUCAAGGAGGGCAAGUCAGCGCAAGCCGCGAGCAAGUAUCGUCAGGCUGCAAUGAUCUACGGACCCAGACCUGUUUACAUGAGCAAUCUCGCGGCUGCGUUGCUCAAGAUGGGAAAAUAUAUAGAGGCCGAGUCCGCUGCCAGUCGCGCACUCUUCUAUGAGCCGAAGAACAUCAAGGCGCGUUAUCGGCGAGGCAUGGCAAACAAGGGGUUGGAGAUGUAUGCAUCCGCCAUAGAAGACUUCCGUAGCGUCUUGAGACAGGAUCCGUCAUCGAACAUCGCGCGGACCGCUCUCGAGGAAACUCUUCUGCUGAACCAUGGGCGAGCAUUGUCUGAAGGAAAUCCAAAGGAGCUCGAAGAGAACGAUCCUCUUUGGGAGAUCAUGACCGAGUCGGACAGCAGUGAAUACAAGCAUGAGGGUAACAAUACGCCCUGUCGUUACCUGAACCACGAUGGCUGCAACGAUGGCUCGCAGUGCCGAUGGAAGCACGCACCCGACGCGCGUAGCAUUCGCGACGAACUAGGUCGCAAUGUCUGUAUGAUAUGGCUGGUUGGCAACUGCAUCUUGGGAAAUAAGUGCUACUACGCGCAUGACAAGACGUAUCUUCCUGCAGGCGGCUGGUGGAACAAGCCCGAGCAGACGACCAACCUGCGGGGCGCUGUCGACCACUUCAACGUCACCGGUAACAAAAAUUCGGAUCGAGCCAUGUUCCUGCAUUCUGUGAUGAACCUGCAGAAUUGGCGCAGCGAUGAGUGGAUGUCCGGGCGCUUCAGUGAACUGGACAACGACAAGACCACCAUCGGGCAACGCGCAAGCAUCACCGUCAACACGACUCAGCGAGACGGCCGGUUCAAGUAUGAGUACUCCAUGUCUACAGAGGCUAUGGCGGGUAUGGCAGGAGGAGUGGAUGAGUACGAUGACGACGACGAUGAAGAUGAAGAGGACGAAGAUGAAGAGGACGAAGAUGAAGAUUAUGACGAGGAUGGGUGGGACGAGGAGGAGGAGAGAUGGAACAAUUGCGGCUUCACCAACAGUGAGGUGCACGAACUACUGUGUCAGGGUGUGAAACCCUGGGAUGAAGACGCUUGGGACGUGCUGGAAGCUCUUCACAGCAUGUGACGGGCUGAUUUCGCCUAUUUGCAAGAGAUGUCAUUGUGCCUCUGUCGAAGUUGGUAAACAUGUAAACGUAGACCGUUUGUUCAGGCGUCGGUACCUAACUACUCACUGUGCGCAGACCCCUUCGGCUCAUGUGUCCUGAUGGAUAUCCAGCAUAUGUGUCUACAUGCCAUAGGUCUGUGCGUCAUCGCUGUGUGUUUUCAGCCACUCCGUUGAGGAUUAGCCAUAUACGGCAAGUCUUCUGGUUCGAUCAUGAUCCAAGUUCCUUCGCAUGCCUCUCACAACUGUCAAUUUACUUACUGUAUCUGACCGACAUGCAAACGGUCACAAUCUCAC